CAAUACUCAGUAGUGGUCGAGUCCUAAGAACUUUYUGAUUAAAUGUAAUCUCAUUUUUUUUUUUGUAAUGGCAACAGUUUUUAAAAAUUUUUAAUUACAUUUAAUUCAUUAAAAUUUAAAUAUGCUGAUAGAAAGGCACUUGUCUUCAAAUGUAUUAAUUUUAUAUUUUUAAUGUAUCAGUGUAAAAAAUUAUUCUAUACUGGCUCUUUUAACUUAUAAGUACAUUUUAUAUAAAUAUGCUCUAACAUUUAAUAUUAGCUUUAUAUUUCAUUUAAAAUAAAAACAUAACAGAAAAAUGUCUGAACCAAUUAAGUUAUCCACAAGAUCACACGUCUCAACGAUCGAAUGGGAUAUGAUGGACAAGACCAAAUUCUUGCCAUUGAGUAUGCUAAGCUCGUUUUGUGUUCGCUGUACUCUCUAUCCAUUGACUUUAAUUAAAACAAGACUUCAAAUCCAAAAACAUGGAGAAAUGUAUAAAGGUUUACUGGAUGCAGCUAAUCGUAUUUAUCAUAUGGAAGGUAUGUCAGGACUUUAUCGUGGUUUUUGGGUGAGUUCGGCUCAAGUAUUAUCUGGUGCAGCGUACAUUGGUGCAUACGAACAAACUAGACAUAUGACAGCUCCGUAUUUACAGCAAUGGCCAGAAAUUAGAUCAAUGGUUGCGGGAGGUGUGGCAUCUGUUUUUGGCCAAACAAUAAUUGUACCGUUUGAUGUGGUCAGUCAACAUUUAAUGAUGCUUGGUUUGUCAACUAGUACUACAGACAAAAAUAAAAUAGUAAAUCAACUUGAAAAAAGAUGUCCAGUAAAUACUUCACUUUUAUUUUUGCAAAGCAUAUCAGGAGUACUAGCUGGGUUCACUACUACUUUGAUAACAAAUCCCAUGGACACAAUACGUGCACGAUUACAGGUUCAAAGAACAAACUCUAUUGUUGGUACAUUUAACGCCUUAUGGAAAGAAGAAGGCAUGUUGAUGUUCAGUAAAGGACUUUCUGCUAGAUUGGUCCAGUCAAUUUGUUUUAGUUUUACAAUUAUUUUAGGUUAUGAAAGCAUCAAAAGAGUUAGUGUACUUCACGAAUACAAAGAUCAUGUACGAUGGUAAUUUUGUGUCCAUCAACAUUUUUUGUUGGAAAAAUUUUGUUUUUAGAAAAUUUUAAUUUUUGAAAGAGCACAUGUUACAAAAAAUAAGGGUACACCGACUGCCGUAUAACUUGGUUGUCUCRUCUACUGAAAUAUUCCAAGACCUAAUUGGUAGGAUCUUCCAUAUUAUUUUAACUACCUCRGUUUUUAAAUUUAAAAUAAAAGUUUAGUAAUUAAAAUCAAAAUUCAAAAUUAUUAAUUCAAUAUUACAUCUAUACACCAUAUUAUCGGGUUAUAUGUGAAUUUAGAAAURUUUAUCUGUUAAUAACUCAGACGAGUAUUACAAGUAGAUUUUGAGAAAUAAUUGGAUAGUCUAGAUAACUUGGAAGUACCAAAAUAAAUUGAUUUAAGUUUAUAGUAUGUUAUAUAUUAUUGAGACAAUGUAUAUAGACACCACCGUUUUAUUUUAAUUAUUUGAAUAGGCAUAAGAAAUUAAAAAUAUCUAUGUGAUCCCAUGACAGCCUAUUAUAAGUGUGAUCGCUUCACACAGUGAUCAAUACAACUUC